AUGGCGUCGGUCUCGCCCCCUAAACCUUGGGAAAGAGCAGGCACUGCUGGUGGUAACACAGCAUCUCCAUCUCCUACUGCUGGUCCUGUCGCUUCGACCGCUAUGACUGCAAGCUCGCCUUCUGUGGGCACCUCCGCUCCUGAACUACCCUCCCGCCCUAGCACACUCAACUCUGUCACAUCUACCACCACUGGCUACUCUCCCUAUGGCAACUCGCGCUUUGGAGCUGGAAUGGGUGGAAUAGGAGGGAUGGGUGGCUAUGGCGGUUACUCUUCACCCUACUCCCGCUUCGGAUCCAUGGGAUCGAUGUACGGUGGCUAUGGAGGCAUGGGCGGGAUGGGAGGCAUGUAUGGUGGCAUGGGAGGCAUGUACGGAGGCAUGCCUGGGCAAGACCCGAACGACCCAAAUAGCUUGACAAACUCUUUCAGCCAAAGCACACAGGCUACCUUCCAGAUGAUCGAAAGCAUUGUUGGCGCGUUCGGGGGCUUUGCCCAGAUGCUGGAAAGCACGUACAUGGCCACCCACAGCUCAUUCUUUGCAAUGAUUUCGGUUGCUGAGCAAUUCGGGAACUUGCGCAAUACUCUCGGCUCAGCUCUAGGGAUCUUCACACUUAUUCGAUGGUUCCGCACACUGAUUGCAAAACUCACAGGUCGCCCUCCUCCAGCAGAUGCGACUGCUCUGACUCCGGCUGCUUUUGCGGCUUUCAUGGGUGGGCGUUCGGCGCCCGUCACUCUCCCCGACGGCUCACCGGCUCCUGCUAAGCCCUCGAAGAAGCCGUUCUUCAUGUUUCUAAUUGCUGUUUUCGGUCUUCCCUACUUGAUGACCAAGCUGAUUAGGGCUAUGGCCCGGUCACAGGAGGCAGAGGCACGCCGUCGCCAGCAACUUGUCGGUCCCGGUGGAGAGCCACAGGGUGCAUCGCUUGAUCCGUCCAAACUGGACUUUUGCCGUGUGAUGUAUGACUACACCCCUGAGAACCAGGAUGCCAACGGCAUAGAUCUGGCCGUUAAGAAGGGCGAUGUCGUGGCUGUCCUCAGUAAGUCUGACCCCAUGGGAAAUGCCUCAGAGUGGUGGCGGUGCCGUGCUCGUGACGGACGAGUCGGUUAUCUACCUGGCCCAUACCUGGAGACCAUCCAGCGACGACCUGCUCAGAAAGCCAUCACUGGCGAUGAGUCAGUUAGUCUCACCAGCACAACGAAUGAUGCAACAGAUGCCCGCACGAAGCGCCUAUCUGCGCUCUCGAAGCCUGACCAACCACCAGAGAUAAAUGGCAAGUUGAGCGACAUCUCGCCGGAGAGCUUUCAAAAGAGCAAUUUUUAUUCUUGA